AUGGCCAAUAAACACAGCAGACAAUGGCUGCAACUUGCUAUUGACAUCCAGUACAGCCGACUGCAUAAAAUCGACCGUUUUGUUUUCCCGCUGAAUUAUCACCAAUAUCAAGAAAUCACCAGAUUUGAAAGCUCGCUCAAUGACAUUAAAGAUCGUAAGCUGCAACAACUGAUAUAUCGACAACAUCAUGGGACGGCGAUAACAACCACCGAGUCCAAACCCCAGGGAUUUAAGAACUUGUCAUCUGAAACCUUUGACUCAAAGCUUCAAAGCAUUCUCAACAAAGGACCUUCGUUUGUUAAUGCCGAGCCAUGGGAAUUACCAAAGCUUUGCCUAUUAUCGAAAGCCAGUCUACAACUCACUACAGAUCGACUUCAAGAACAAAACAUACCGGACAGUGCUAUUAAUGAAUUUAGAGGUGGAAUCGCCCGCAUUAUCAAAGAAUGUGAGAAAUUCGGCAGUAGAGUGCUUUCAAGGAAAAAGCUAGAUUAUAAUCCACUUCCCAAAACCGUGGCUAUCACUCCAUCUGAUAAAACCAAACGACUGAUUGCAUUGGACGUUGACUGCUACAAAGAUAUGGUAACGAAAUCCACUGUCGAUACGGGUAACUACAAACCAAUUAAGAAACUAAACCUUCCACGCACCGAGCAAAUAAAUUUCCACAAAUCACUCAACCGAAUUGCGACUAAAUACGAAACUAAUCACCCAAAACUGUAUAAAGAUUUAAAGGAAACCAUCUGCAGUGAACCUAAAUCUUGUCCAGUGUAUUGUAUACCAAAGGAUCACAAGGAGGAUGAUUUGAAAAGUCGGCCAAUACACGCGGCCACGGACACGCCAGCCACACUUUUAUCAAAAUAUUUAGCCAAAUCUUUAAACACUUUACUCCGAUACGUACCAGCACACUUGAGAAACACACACGACUUUAAAGAAUUCCUUUCUGGAAUAGACGGUGAAUCAAUUGAAAGUUUUUGUAGCUUAGACGUUUGUAAUUUAUAUGGACCUAUACCACUUGAAGAUCUCAACGAGAAUACGCCAAGCGUGUUUACAGUUGCUAAGUGAUUUUUCCAAAAGUACAAGAAGGAAUGCAACCUAUGGCCGCUGGAUGACAAUGAUUUUGACACACUUGUUCGCCUUUGUCUAUCAAGUGAUAAUGUUCUAAUUGAAGGGACAGGUUAUAAACAGAAAUCAGGCUUAGCAAUGGGCAAUAAUUUGGCACCCAUGUUGGCUAUCAUAUACAUGAAUGAUCUAGAUUCACAGAUUUUGGAGAAAACAGAUGGGUAUGUAAUACUUAAACGCUAUAUAGAUGAUUACUUUGCAUUUCUGUUGUCAAAAUUAAUGUAUCUCAGGAGAACGACUUUUAACUAUAGCAAACGGCCUUAAUGACAAUAUUAACUUCACCUUAGAACUACCCAACCAAAACCAAUUACCCUUCUUAGACACGAUUGUUUCCUUUAAUCCGGAGAGUAAAACUGUUUCCACCAAGCUUUACAUUAAGCCUAUACACAGUCGUUGUAUCACAAUCUGGGACAGUCACGGACCUAUCGCUGCUAAGCGCACAAUUCUCAUUGGCGAAACCAAGCGGGCAGUUACAUGUUCAACCGAUUCCACUUCACGAAGAGAAUCAUUGCGUCAACUUACAGGUCUUCUUGUUAAUAAUGGGUAUCCUAAGAAAUUUGUUAAAACCACAAUUAGAAACACCUUAAAUAACAAAUCAACCAGAGAGGAUGAAAUUAAAUAUACCUAUUUAAAGCUUCCCUUCAUUAAUGAAGAAUUUAACCGGCGUGCCUUUGCAGUAGUAAAACGAUCGGGAAUAGACAAUGUCAGAAUUCAAUUUAUGAACGGAAAAUCGUCACGUAGAGUAUUUGCUCCACCCAGAGAACGGACACAUUGCUCUAAAGCUUGUGAAACAUGUAAAUGUACGAAUAAAGUCGAUACAUGUCUCAACAAGAAUGUAGUUUAUAAAAUUAAGUGCUCAUACUGCGAGGCAUUGUAUAUAGGAGAAACGGGUAGGACAAUAGGAACACGCAUCAAAGAACACCUGACGAUGAAACAGCAAACAGUAUAUAAAUAUUUGAUGUCCCACAAGAGAAAGAAUCAGACACCUGGAAAUAAAGACAUUGAAUGGAGGAUUAUAUAUGGAAACCUUGUGUAUGAAGACGAGCGUAAAUGCAUUGAGGCGAUGGAAAUACAGAAGCAUACAGGCGAUUUAAUGAAUGGUUGUACUGGUAGAACAAUAACAAUCUAACAUUUGGGAUUAUAAUUAUGAAUAUUUUAACAUAUUUAUCACCAACUGUAUAUACGUUUAGAAUUUAAACAAUUAGAUUGAUUUGAUUUUUUGGCAUUUUUUACUACUAACUCUUUAGACUUUUAAAUUCAAACAGUUAGACUCAUUCACUCAUCAUACUUAAUUAUAUACAAUUCUAAUUAGGACGACAUGUAUAAAAGACGGCUUAAUAUUGUUGUAAAUUUUUCACCCACUGAAGAAGCCUUAACCGCGGCGAAACGUCUGGGUUAUAGUUCUUGUUGGUUGAAGUUCUUGUUUUAUUUUUUUAAAACACCAUUUAUAUAUAUAUAUAUAUAUAUAUAUAUAUAUAUAUAUAUAUAUAUAUAUAUAUAUAUAUAUAUAUAUAUAUAUAUAUAUAUAUAUAUAUAUAUAUAUAUAUUUAAUAGAGUUGAAGAUUUGUAAUCCAGGCAUUUUAUUAAUUGAAUAAUUCUACAAAUUAUUUAGUUCUCUGGAUUCUAAUUUAAAUGUUUUGAGCUUUCGACUCGGUACUCCGAGCCUUCAUCAGAAACUUGGAAUGUUUGUAUUUUCGCGCUGUUCUUGUUCUUGAAGCCUUUGGGAACGUCUGAUUGGUUGAUCACGCAUUUCGGCUGAUGGAUUGUUAUUGGUUGCCAUGGAGUGCGAGUGAUUGCAAUCAUCGUGAGUUGAUAUUGAGAAGGAAGUUGCGGGUGGGUUAAAGGUUAAUGAAGGCGAAACAGGACUUUUGCGUGAGUGUUUUAGUACUAGAUUUUAUCGCCGACCUCGAAUCAGCUUUGAAGGGUACUGAACUAACAGAUGUCGCCAAAAACAACAUUCGCCAUCAAGUAACAACUAACCUUUUACCCUCAAAACAUCCUGUCGACCUCACCAAACAAGAACGCAAAGCAUUGAAAGACCUUAAGAACGAUGAAGAUGUUAUUAUUCUACCCGCAGGCAAAGGACGCAUGACUGUUGUCAUGGACAAAUUAGAUUAA